CGGCACCCGGUGACUGGGAAAUCCACGGGACUUUAUAUGACUAUUUCAGAGGAACUGUUCCCUCGGCUGUCAUCCUGGGCCUAUGCCUUCCUGUUUGUCGCCUCCCUGUUCCUGGUCGGCGCAGCAAUGAUGAUAUUCGUUAUAAAAAGACAUAUAGCCCGGAAAGAGUCACUACAGACAAGAAAUGGUGAGCUGAGCUCAGAAGUGGAUUGGAGGACAGCUGUGAUGAGUCCAGAGUACAUCACAUUAUCCCCCGAGACUGCCUAUCCGGAGCUGUCCAUCACUGAUGAUUUUCAAACCCUCAUAAACCAGCCUCCUCCCGAGAUACCCAUGCCAAGCAAUGCCCGCUUCGAAACUGAGCGUUGCUGCCUUGGCCUCCCAGCCUUCACCCAUGGUUGCCACUACUGGGAGGUGAAAGUGGGAGAUGGACUGGAGUGGGCAGUUGGUGUUGCUUCUCCACAACUGCAAAGAAGGGGUGAUGCCUACAUGUUUCGC